AAAACUGCACGAGAUAUCUCCCUUGUCCGCUCGGCUCGGCACGUCCAAAGCGAAGCGAAGCGAGGAAAAGCUGAGCUCGGGCGAUCGGAUCGCGGGAGCUGCUGGCUGUUGCACGAGCACGAGCUCGCUGCUGGAGCAAGCUGAGGCUAAAAGCUGAUGCAUGCUAUCUCUCUUCCCGUGCUUGUUCCAGGCAGUAGAGCUGAGCAGAGGAGGAUGAGCACCAUGGCCAUGGCGUCGUCGUCGCUGAACCCGAACGCGCCGCUCUUCAUCCCGGCGGCGUACCGCCAGGUGGAGGACUUCUCGCCCGAGUGGUGGGAGCUCGUCAAGACCACCGCCUGGUUCCGCGACCACUGGUUCCGCCAGCACCAGCUCCACGAGGCGGCCUACGAGGCCGCCUUCGGGCUCCCCGACGACGCCGACGUCGACGUCGCCGCGCUCCUCCCCGACGACUCCGUCGACCUGCUCGACACCGACGACCUCUUCUACGCGCCCGACCACCACGUCGCCAAGCCCGCCGGGUACGACCUCGACGUGCUCAGGGCGGUGAGCCUCGGCUCCCCGAGGGCCGUCGUCGGCGCCCCGUCGCCGCGCGCCCAGCAGCAGCAGCAGAGGCACGCGGACAAGCCGGCGCAGCACGUCGGCGUCAGGGGCGCGGCGCGCCGCGUCAUCCACCAGCCUCGCUAGAGCCCUUUCUUCGUCUCAUGGCGACCCACGAUGGCUGCUGCCGCUGCUGUCUAGUGUAACUUCAAGCCUAGUUUGUUUCUGUGUAUACGACUAAAAAAGAGAGAGGAGAGAGCCAACCGAGGAGUCUGGUGCUUUCCUCUCCUUGUGUUCAGUUCAGGUCAGGUCGAUCGAGCUGUUUUAGAAAAGAGAAAAAAAAAGCAAGCAAAAAAAAUGGAGUGAUGCAGAGUCAUGUACUACUCCUCCCUUGUUCAUGUUGUUGGAUAUAAGAUGGCAAGCAGUCCGAUGUUAGAACUCUUCA